AAUCAGGCGCGUGUAGUAGCCAGCUUUCUGUUGUUGGGGAGGUCCAUGGAGAGGAAGCUAUGGGCCUCCUGUGGAAGGAGAGGAGGUGCUAAAAUGUUGUUGAAGAUGAACGUCAAAUUUAUGCGUUCUCGCCUCGGCGAACCUAUAAAUACCGGGCCCCAUCUCUAGCAGCUGGCACAUUUUCAGACACCGGCCUCAGUACAGGACCACUAUUGCCAUCAACCACUAACUAAAUUACAACAAGAUGCAUUUUGGAAACUUCUCUGGUGGAGCUUGGGCCAUCCUGGUCGCUGCCUUGAUUGUCUGCACUGAAGCUGAUCGAAAAACGUGUUUCUGUGAUCUUCGGUACAGCACUUCUCGUCUCGUCACCGGGGAUAGCAUCGACAGCCUCCCCGUUCUCUAUGACCUCCCAAACCCCUCCUACACCAACUGGCUGAGCGUAGGCUGCAAACGGGUCAACGGGAACUGCCCCAACGAUUGCCUCAACCGAGCCCACGUAUGGCUCGGAACCGCAGCCAACCCGAGUAGCCACUUCACCAGUGGGUCCGGUCCGAACGCCUGUGAGAUCGUCAGGCGUAACGCCCCACCCAGCAACAAGAUCUACGUGUACGCUUCGUACGACCCCAGUGUCUGUGGUGGAAGGUCGUGGCAGUACAUCACUGAACUCUGCUGCUGGGCGAUAUCAUUCCCUGGUUAUAGCCCUGUGUAUUUGCACAAUCCAAUGUGUGCGCAGGAUUGCUCGCCUAUGGGAUGUUAAUCUGUGUCGUCUGUCAUAAGUUGUGAGUUUUAGGACAUGCAUUCUGAAAGUAGAAAAUAAAAUCUCUUGGAAUACACCGCAUUUCAUAAUAAGCUGUUUCUGCUUGGGAAAAGAUGUGGCUCUGAAAAUAUCCAGUUGGUUUGUAAAAUGUUGUUCUGAAAGACUACGUGGUUGAUUCUAUUGUAAAGGUAUACAGCGCUGGUGACAUGAACAAAACAUCAGUCAUCUCUUUAAAUAAUGAAACCACUUCCAUUUAAAAAAUGUGUGUUAAUAAAAGUUCACAUCUACAUAUUAUUUUACUAAAUUAAACAAUCAGUCAAUUAACUUAAUCAAUCAAUCAUUAACUCGUUUCAAAAGGCUAGGGAUCAUUUCAUGAAUUCACACACUUCUUGUUGUAUCUUGUUGACUUGUAUGUUAUCAUAAUCCUUAAACAAUUAAUCUCCUAAACUUAAAAACAUUACACAGUUAAAGUUUAUUCAUAAAUACCUCAGACAGUUACGCUAUUCCUAUUGGUGGAGAGCGCGUCACGUGGGUGUGUAUAAACCU